AUGAGUGUGAUAAAUAAGACUAUUGUUGUCGGUAUCGAUGGAGUCGGCACGAAAAUCGAAAUUGCCGAUGCGGUUGGGGAUUAUUCUGGUGUGGGAUACGACGUUGUUGGAAUGUGCGUGAAUGACGUGCUGUGCCACUGCGCCGCCCCGAUCGCUUUCCUGGACUACUUUGUGUGCGGGAAGCUCGACCGCAAACGGGCUUCGGAUGUUGUGAAAAGUAUUGCGGAAGCGUGUAUCGAGGCGGAUUGCUCGCUUGUUGGCGGGGAAACAGCUGAAAUGCCCGGCGUCUACCUCCCAAAACAAUGGGAUUUGGCCGGGUGUGCGAUUGCCGUUAGAGAUUCGGAUUGGCCGUAUUUGCCGGAGACUUCAAAAAUCGAACCCGGCGGACUAAUGCUAAAACCCACACGAAUCUACGUCCGAUCCGUACUUCCACUGAUGAAAGAAGGGUUGAUCAAAGCUGCCGCUCACAUUACUGGAGGAGGGAUUACAGAAAACGCUGCAAGGGUUCUGGAUAAAGACGGAAACGUAGCGCUUGAAAUUGACGCGUCGGCUUGGGAAAAGCACGAGAUAUUCGAUUGGCUUGGGUCGAUGGGUCCGGUGGAGGCGAAGGAAUUACUUCGCACAUUUAAUUGUGGACUCGGGAUGACACUGGUCGUUUCUAAAGAGAAAGCUGAUGAAGUUCAGCGCCGACUAGUCCAAAGUGGAGAAUCGGCCUAUCGGAUUGGCAGCGUUAUUGAGAGAGCUUCAGAGGCCCUAAUAACCUACAAAAACCUCGAAAACGCCUUCAAGCUGACGAAAUACGUGCGCGAGACCCGUAAAAUCCGCGUCGGCAUCCUGAUUUCUGGGGCCGGGUCGAAUAUGCAGAGGUUGAUCGAGAGGGCGCAGAGGCCGGGCAGUAACUGUGAGGUUG